AUGGAGAACCCCGGCGAUCCCUCAGGCACAUCUGAGGAACCUCAUUUUCCUCCUGCCCGCUCUCCCGCACCUGCCCAAGCCAUCCAGCCAACACCACCAGCGAUGGGCCACAUCGCCGUUCGGCUGCCGCCAUUUUGGCACCGGAGCCCGUUCAUCUGGUUUCAGCAAGUUGAGGCUCAAUUUCUCCUCCCUGGCAUCACCAACCAGUUGACCCAGUACCGGCAUAUAGUCGCUUCUCUGCCACCCGAGAUCGCCAUUGAUGUCUCCGACGUCAUAUCGGGCCCGCCCGGCACCACUCCAUACGACCGCCUCAAGGCAGCCGUUCUUCAACGGACGACGCUAUCUGAGCGCAAGCGGCUUCAGCAAUUGUUAACGGCUGAAGAGCUCGGCGACCGAACACCAUCUCAGCUGCUCAGAGCCAUGCAGAAUCUUCUCGCUGACAGAGCAGCCACGUUUGAUGAAUCCCUGCUCCGGGAAUUGUUCCUGCAGAGGUUGCCGGCUACUGUCCAGAUGGUCCUCUCCACUGCCGGCGGUUUGCCACUUGCACAGCUGGCUGAGCAUGCAGACAAGGUGAUGGAGGUUGCUCUCCCUGGAUUAAGCAUAGCCGCAGUCUCCGGAACCAACAGACCGUCUCGAGGUCAGGAUCCCCCUCUGCACGACUGCCACCCACCAUUGUAG